AGCUUUGUAGCGAGGGCAAUUCGGAUAGUGAGCUACUUUUCAUUCCUGAUCAUAAUAAACGCAUUUUGAAAUGAGACCUGACAGUCUUUGUGGCAAAAUAUCGGCGAAGAUCAAUAAGCUAUUUUGUGAAACUACAGACUUGGAUGAACAGUUAAGAACUGGUCACGAAAUCUGUGAUUGUUUAGAGAAUGCGGCCGCGGAGAGAGAAAUUCAGGAUCUGACAUUCGUAAUCCACGAUAAGAUACAGUAUUAUCUGAUGUCAACAAGGCCAGAUAACUUACAAGAGUCUGACACUCAACAGCUUCGUCGUUUAUGUCUUGAAAUCAUCCAGAAAAUCCCAAAUGGUGAUCAUUUAAGACCUUUUGCUCGAUCUCUUCUUGAAAUGUUGUUUAAACUAGUGGAAGUUGAAAAUGAAGAUAACGUCCUUGUUUGUGUUAAGCUGAUUAUAGACAUCCAUAAAUUUUAUCGACCAUCGUUCUCAAAUGAUGUCUCACGGUUUUUGGACUUUGUGAAGGAGGUGUACAGUGACCUAAGGUUUCGAGCCAACAAGAUUUUUGAGCCAAGGUUAAAGUUGGAAGUUCCUGCCAUUUCCGAUGUUGAUCUUGAUGCAGAAGUUCUAAAUGCAUACACAGUCACAAGUGUUUACACACAGGAGCUUAAAACUGAUGGUUCUUUCAUGGUUUACCACAUUCUCCCUAAAUCUGGGUUUUCUUUAAAAGUCAUGCAAGAGAUUCCUAUUUUAGUGGUCCUAAUGUACCAGCUAUUCAAGCAACAUAUACACCAAGAUGUUUCUGAUUUCAUUCCAUUAAUAAUGGAUUUCAUCAACCUCAAACCAACAGAAGAACAAAAGAAAAAUGCUAACUUUUGUCAGGAAGUGUUCAUUGAUUUUAUGGCUGCUCAGGUGAAAACUUUAUCGUUCCUCGCCUACGUAAUUAAAAUAUACCAAGAUUUGGUUGAGCUACAUUCGGUCAGCCUUGUUCAAGGCAUGAUGAAUUUGUUGGUCAAUUGUCCUCCUUCAGUAACGAAUAUGCGUAAGGAGUUUUUUAUUGCUGCUCGUCAUAUUCUCAGUGCACAGGAAAUUCGUCCUAAAUUUCUUCAAGUUUUGGAUGAACUUAUGAAUGAAGAAAUUUUAAUUGGACAUGGAUAUACCAUUCGCGAUGCAUUGAGGCCAUUGGCUUACAGCACAUUAGCUGAUCUCACUCAUCAUAUUCGUAGUUCUCUUAGCCUUUCUAAAAUCGCUCGUGCCAUUGAUGUUUAUGGUCGCAAUAUGCAUGACCAUACACUCCCGUUUUCAAUCCAGCAGAUGAGCUUACGUUUGAUACUAAAUCUGGUUGAGUGUAUUAGACAACGAGCAGUUUCAGCCACAUCCGCUAAUCAAGGGGCAUCAGCCACAAAUGCUGAGGACCAGAAUAAUGAGGUUUUUUCCGGAACUGCAAGACGUCUGCUUUUGCAGACAUUAAAUUUGUGUGUGUUAAAAGCUAAGGUGGUGGCAGAUCACUACAUACCUGCAUUAGAGUCUACAUGUGUAUUGGAAACUGGUGAAGAAGUAACGUCCAAUUCAGCAAAACAGCGUCCAAGGUCCAUACAUGCUUACCUUUUUGCCAAUAUUUCCUCUUUUUCGAGUGAAUUAAACGAAGUUGGCUCAUUUACUGAUAAAAGUGUCCCUGCUUCAGAUUUUUCAAACAUUCUAAAUUCGGGAACUGAUGCAUCAAAAGUGCAUGAACCCCGGAUCGUUGAACCGUUGGCUAAAUUGCAACUUAGCUACACGGAUGUCCGGACUCUUGUAAAAGCACUUAUCACUGGCAUUCGUACUGUAAUGACAAGCAUGAUCCAAUGUCCACAUGAUAAUACACUUCAGACAAAUAAUGUCGCACCAGUUUCUUCAACAUCACCAAAGCAAUCGAUUUCCAAUAGAAUUCUUAGCCCAGAUGAGUUAGUAGUCUUAACAGAAUAUUUCUCGUAUGGAAUGCGUAUGAUCGACAUUGUACAGUUUGUUAGCCGAGAUGGUCGACUAUAUUUAAGAAGCCAGCCAAGUACCAAAUCUCCUGAUGAACGCCUACUUAUUGAGACAUUUGCCCUAACAUUUGCUCAAUUGAAUCCAAUUUCAUUUCAUGAAAUUUUUUCUUGUAAAAUUCACGAUUAUGUUGUUUGGUGCAAUCGCAGCGCAUCCUACACUAAUAUUGCGUUACAUUUACUUUCUCAACCAAAUAAAACAUCAUAUUUUGGUUAUAUUUUGUUAUCCUAUCUAGUUGAUAGAUUAGAACGUUUGGGAGAUGGCACCAAUGAAUCUGCACUUUAUAUGCGAUUAUUAAAGUUAUGUUUCAGUUCUGUAAAUAUGUCUGGCACAGAAAAUGAAUUAGUUAUGAAGCUUCAUUUACGCCGUAUCGUUCAAGGCAGCAUGCAUUACUGCCUUACAGCUAAAGAGCCUACAGCAUAUCUCACUUUAUUACGAACUCUUUUUCGGUCGAUAGGGGGCGGAGCACAUGACAAACUUUAUCGUGAAUUUUUUCCCUUACUACCUGAAAUGUUAACGACGUUGAAUCGUUUAUUGCGUUCACCACAUCGUUCGAAUGCUCGUGAUCUAUUGGGUGAACUGUGUGUUAUUGUCCCAGUUCGUUUGUCCACAUUACUCCCCUAUUUGUCUCUGUUGAUGGAACCGUUAGUUUAUGUGCUGAAUUGUAAUACUGUCAACCAGGGUCUCCGUACUCUUGAGCUUUGUGUUGAUAAUAUGCAACCAGAUUUUCUUCAUGAUCAUUUAUAUCAAGUACGUGGGGAUAUGUUAUUGGCGUUGUACAAUUCACUUCAUUCACCUAGUGAAUAUGUACAAAAAAUGUCAUUCAAGGUACUUGGGAAAUUAGGUCGAUUUAAUCGUACUAAUUUGCUUGAAACACAACGUUUACGUAUUAGCUCAGCGGAAGGUGAAGCCGGUCCGCAACUACGUUUUCACAUGAAUGAAUUUCGAAAUCAGCCUAUUGAUAUACCGAUUAGAUGUCUUGUUGAUGCUGCUGUGGAAGUAUUACAGGAUUCUUCUUCUGAUGAGCCUAGUAAACUUCGCUCUUGGGAGUUUCUUCAGUCAAUAUGCGUAGCUGCUUUGAACUUAAACCACUCGCAACAAUCGUCAGACGGUGUAGAAGAUUUCUACAAUUGUUUCCUUGGUGAUACAGGACUGAACAAUAUGAUAUUGCAGUAUAUUGAUGAUAUGUAUUUGACGUCCUAUUCCGAAAAUCCUCCCAUUCAGUCAAUUCGUCCAAGUUGUUGCAUGGCUGAUGAUUUAUGCAAUCAUGUUAUGAUUAUGGCAAUAGCUGGGCUACUUCUGGCUGGUCUGAGCAAAGAAUUGUAUAGUGCUCAUGGAGAUUUUAUUGCGUUUAUUGUCAGACAUGCAACAUUCCUGUCGAUUAUGCAACAGUUCACUUCGCUUCAUACGGAGAUCAGUCGUGACCAUAUUUCACACUCAAGCACAUCAUUCGAGUCGAAAACAUUGUGUAAAGUUGAUACUGCACCUAAAUUACCAUUCUCUAACGAUAUAACUACUUCCGGAAAUGAUCAUUUUCUAGAGCUAGAAAUAUUUAGUAUAAGCCAAGACCCUGAUACAAUUACUCCUACUGUCAAAGAACCUCAAUCACUGAAUCAAGAAUUUCUUCCAAAUAACUCAUCUUCACGUUUAAAUCCGAAUAUAAUUAUUGAUUCUAUCAUGUUUGUUAUGGGUCAUGAAGCGAAACAGCUUACUCGAAAUAUGUGCAUAUUUCUAGAAAUUAUACAUAACACAGCAUUUGCUAUAUUAUCCGCUGUUACUACAACAUCUCGAGAAAAUAGUGAUCAUUUUACUACAGAGACGAUUAAAAAAGCUGUUGCAAAUCUACAAAUUUUCCAGCAUAUUGGACAUAUUAUUGUUGAUAUGUUAUAUCAUCCAGCUUGGUACGUUAAAUGGGGUGCUUGUGCUUCUAUUCUUUGUCUUGCUCGUUUCAUUCAUCCUUCAUGGUUCUGUUCAAAUCUCAUCAGUUUGCUACGUGGCCUACUUUAUUGCAUUCAUAGCUUAUCAAAUCAAAUGAAUCAAGGAGCUCUAAUGAUGGCUCGUGACUGCGCGCGUAUAAUUAUUAGCAUGGUUUUCAUAAGUUUAAAAGAUUCAAAUGAAACUAAUCACUUUUUACACUCGACUGUUGUUGAAGAGGAAGAUGUGAAAUCAGGCAAAUCCACUCCAAUAUCUACACGUAAACGCUCUUCAACAACUUCACAACGUCGUACAGUUCAAGUUAGACGUGGUCGUAGUGCAGCUAACGCAACUUCAGAAUCAUCAAAUAAUGAAGCAUCAACCAAUGUAGUUGUUGAAUCAAUGGAAAUUGAUAAUCAAGUCAAUGAAAAAGAGUUCACUCCAAAGUUCUCAUCGUCUCUGACAACUUUAUUGGAUGCAGUUAUCGUAGAAUUAUUAGAUUCACUUUUGAGUGAAACUGAUUCUGUUCGAACCGAAGCACGUUGUCUUUUGAGAUUACUUUCUUAUACAAUUGAACAACCAUUAUGUAAGUUGUUAGCGCCACAUUGGUAUAAACGUAUUGGACAUGUUUUACCUCCGAAACAACCAAAUCGUCUACUGGAUUUACCUAUUUCAACUCAAUUAGCUGUACUGGAAGCAAACUAUUUCUUUGGUCAGUCAGAGAAGUUAAAACAUCCAUCUAAAGUUUCAGAUAGCUCUAAGCUUUUUGACUUUGACAUAGAUAAUAACGAUGAUGGAGUAGGACUUCUACGUUAUGAUCUUUCAAAACGAGAUGAUUGUAUUUUUCUAUCCGAUGUACGUUCACUUCUUACUCAAUUUGAGUUGAAUAAUGAUUUCUCUGCUAGUACUAAUAAUUCUACAACUACCAACACCAUAGCUGCUGGUAGUAGAGCGGUAAACACCAGUGUCAAAAAUAAUUCAUCAAUAAAUUCUGACCAAGAAAAAGGUACAUUCAACGGAACUUAUUCAUAUUCCAAGUUUACACCGUUCAACUCUAGAACUGUAAUACCGCUUUCUAGUAAUUGUAUGAGAUUAAUUAAUCUUCGAGUGGCUGCUUGUCAAGUACUAUCUGUCACAUGGUAUUUAGAUACACAAAAGGCAAGAAAUCUAACAGCACUAUUCAAAGGUAUGUCUUGUAAGAAUGAAUAUAUUCACGAAACAGCUUUUUCGUGUCUUCGAGAAUUUAUCAGUAAAACAUCUAUUGAUAUUGAAUUAAGACAUGCUAAUAUGAAACAGAUUGUGCAAAAUAUUCGACAAAACUCUAUACGAUGUAUUCAUACAGUUCGACAAUUAGCUUAUUGUGCUCAAUUAUUUCCGAGUACACUUAGUGAAAGAUUAUGUGAUGCAAUUUAUUCACAUUUAAACACAUCUUUGGAAGCUGCAGUUAACAAACAAAACUCUGCAUCAAUCUCCACAUUCACUUCAUCUAAUUUGGAAUUAUGUACAUUAUUGUUGGAUUUAUUUCAUCUGAUUCCUUUGGCAACUUCAAAAUAUGUUUCGCUUUUGAUUGAGUCUGUAGUCAACGCUGAACGUUUAUUGAACAUUGAACCUACUAGUCCUCUACGUUUACCUUUAACACGUUUCCUAUCUCGUUAUCCAGCUGAAACAUGUGCUCUCCUACUAACUGGUUCGCGAUGGCCUUAUAAUUCACAUGCAAAUAGAAUAUUCUUGUUUGCACUCAGUUGUUCACAAGGUCAACCUAUAGUGGAUUAUUUAAGAACAAAUUAUCAUAUACUUAUGGAUCUUAUUCAACCUGAUGAAAUUAGUGAUCAAAAAAAUGAUUCAGAUGGACAGUUAUGUUUACCUCAGGUUGGAACUAUUUUGACAUUUGCAUGUCCAAGACAUUUAGCAAUUCGUGCAGUUCAUACAAUUCAUAAAAUAUCAUUGAAUUGGUUAACUGUCAAUAAUGUUUCAUCUAAUGAUAUAUCUAAAAAUAGUUCACGAAUUAAAUCAAAUCAGUCCAAUGUUGUAUGGGAAACCAAAUAUCAUCCAUUAGUUUCAUCUUUAUUAGCUUAUUGGCAGUCAAAUCUAUUCGUUCGAAGACAAUCUAACCUAACUUUAAUCACCUUGACUAAAGAUGCAAUUGGACAUCAAGGAUUAUUAAAUGAUUGUACUACAAAUAUGUUUGAAACGAAUCAAUCAAUUUCAUCAAAUAUAUCUGGUAGAAUAAAUAUUCCCACCGGGAGUAAAUCAACCAUUCCAGUUGGAACAGACAAUUUACCUUGUGAUCCUGCUUCAUUAAUCUCUUCAGGUACAUCAGAUCAUGCUCAUUGGGAUGAACCAAGACUUUUAUUGGAUUGUUUAUUAGACUGUUUCAAAUCUCAUCCAGAUGAUUUUGAUCUACUGUUUGUUAUUACAAUCGGUGUAACACGUCUACGGUAUGUGGCAGAUCUUUAUCCACUACGUUGUUUAUUAGUUCAGUUGAUUUCUGAAUCUGAUCUUACAUGGCAUCGUCAAUUAUUCCUUCAUUUUAUCACCAUUGUGAAAAACCGUUUGAACUUUUUGAAUAGAAGUAAUUCGCCUGAAUUCAGUCCGAUUGCUUUUGGAAUGUAUAAUCCAAUUUCAACAGAAGAUAUGUACAAAUUAUUAGCUCAUCUUAUUCUGCCAUGCCUAUCAAAUGCUUUGGAACGUGGAGAAAAUGAAAUAUUUUUUGGUGGACCUCCGAAACCUUUUGAAAUGAAUCACUAUGAUUUAGUACACUUGUUCACCUCAGUUUUACUUGAAGAUCCAGCUGUUCAAACAUGUACUGAACUUCGUGUUAUGUAUUACCAAAUGGCUAGUUUAUUUGUUUAUCAUACACCGAAUUAUGUUCACAUGGGAAGUGCUUGUGAACAAAGUUAUCGCCUUCUUAAAUUCACUGAGUUUGCCCGUCCUUGUUUAACAAGUAGUUUAACUGCUGUGGAUCUUCAAGAAAAAUAUACUGGUCUUCAAUUAUUAUCCCAUUUAAUUGCAAAAUUCAAUGUGUUACGUACAGCUACUAUACAAGUGUUUCAAUGUUUAGCAAAAGGUGCACAUACAGAAACAAAGAAAAUUGUUAAUCCUGCAUUGGAUAUUCUAAUUCCAGCCUGGAUACGGGGACCUGAAGACCAGAAAGCACUUGCGUUGGCAACUAAAAAAAUUAUGCUAGAAGAUCAUGGUAUUCAAUCAUGUGUUCAUAUUCUAGGAAUAAUUGUCCGACAUUCAGAUUUGUAUUAUCCAAUACGUCAUCAAAUAUUACCUCAUAUUAUACUCAUUAUAUCUCGACUUUCUGUUCAACAGUUACCCCUUGAACAACGUCGAUUAGCUUUAGAUAUGAUCUAUACUACAGCUCAAUGGGAUGUUCGGUGUCGCCGUGAAAUAACUGAGAAUUAUUCAAAGGAGAUAACUGAUGAUUUAAAUCCAGCAGAUAAUAAUAAUUUGUCAUUAACAGAGAAUUUGAAUAUCCAAACUUCAGCUAAAACUGAACCAACUAACUCUCCUAUGGAUAAGCCCCAGCGUGAUCAACUUGUAAAUCUUUUAAUUCGCUUCGCCUGUCAAGCUAUUGACGCUAGUCAAAGUGGAAGCUUGUCUGAACAGUCUGUAACCCGAACGCUAGCUCAACUAGAAUUCGCUCUUCGCUCUGAUGUAUGGGGUGGUGAAACCUGUGAACUUAGACUUGCAUUUAUUGACCGUUAUUUCUCUCCGGACGAUUCAUCGUCUUCACACUCGAUGUCGAGUACACCAUCUGGAGGAGUUCCAGCUAAUAGUCUCAAUACACACGGAAUACACAUGAGUGGGACAUCAAACACUACACCGACAUCUACUCCCUCUGGACCCCACGCAAAUGCAUCAUCUACUAGUGCUCUUGGUGCAACACAAGCCACCAGUUUAUUAAUGACUUUGGAGGUUCUUCGUGUCUUGUUCUCAACUUUGGAAAGCCCAACUUUAUUAAUCAAUGUAAAACAUUUCAGUGUUGGAUUAUGUAAUGUAUUAACACGACAAUUGACUAAUGUUCGUUUAAUUCGUUCUUGUGCUGGUCUUAUACGUGCUAUGCUUGAACGUUAUCCAGCCGAAGCAUCACAUCGUCAGAAAGUUACUGCUUAUCCUGAAUUAUAUGAUAUUUAUUCAACAGUUUUAAAAGCAAUACAAGAUUCAUUCACAAUGUUUAGUGAAAAUGUUUCUAAAGCAACGUUAUUAACACGAUUACAGUCGGCAUUUCUUCUGUUCACAUCAACACAAGUUCAGUCUAAUCCACAUGCAUUUGUUGAUCGAUGUAUUGUACAAUUAGUUAAACUUGUUAAUCGUCUUAUACAAGAUUUAGUUACACCGAAUUGUAAUUCUAAUGCUCAAGAAUCUGGUACAUCAGCACAGCUUACUGACUUACUAAUUAUGGGUCUUGAAAUGAUCAAGUCACGGUUGAAUGUUGUUAGUCAUGAAAUGCGUAAAACUAUCUUUGGUCCAGAUUUAUGUUUAAUUAUGGAUAGAGCGCGAGAUCCUCGUUUAUUCUGUGCUGUUUUACAAGUUUUACGUGAUUGGAUAAAUGUACCGAAAUCAGAAGAACAUUUCGCUCCAACAGCUCGUGAAAAAGUCAACUUUUUCUAUAGACUUUGGCAAGCUUAUCCACGUUGGAUUGACAAUUCACCUGAUGUUGCCAGAGAAAUUCUUGAAUGCGUGUACGAUGUUUAUGCCAGUACAAGUGUAUUUAAAAAUCAUGAUCUUUAUAUGAAAUUGGAACAAGCAUUUUGUUGUGGCCUUAUAUCACCAUUUCCUGAUAUUAAUGAACGUUUCAUUUCUUUGUAUUUGGAAGCAUCUCAAAUUCGUUAUCCAACUAAUAGUUAUUCACGUAGAAUAGAUGUUAAUGUAACAAAUUGCAAUAAUGAAAAUAUUCCUUUAUCAUCAUCAACUGAUCCGACUGAUUCUUAUUCUGACAAAGAAAUUUUAUCUACUGAUCAGUCAGUUUCAUCAAAUUAUUCUUGUGCUUCACUAUUAGUCCGACUAUUAUUUCUUCUUGUUUCCAACACUUGGGAUGAAGCUCAUUUUCGUGAUGGAUUUUGGCUAUCUGUAUUUUUAGACGUACUGUUGUGCGAUGUGGAUACAACCGCUCCACCAGUGUUGUCCAUAAAUGCUCAAUGCUUUAAUAACAUUUUCAAUUAUUUUUCGAAAUUACCUAGUGUUUCAACAAAUGAAAUAUCAAUUGAUGGUUUGACCCAUGAACAAACUACCACUCAACAAUCAUGUGAUCCACUUCAAAUUAACGAAUUCAAAGUCCUUGUCGAAUCACAAAUUAAAGGGCUAAAUGAAUUACAUAAAUUGUCAAUCAGUUCAGGACUACGAGGUAUGCUGUGUCUCGCUCAUAAACGUCCAGCCCUGGCUAGCAAUAUUUUUCAGCAACUUUGGCCCCAAAUAUGGGAUCGUUUACUGCUACAGCAGUCGGAAACGUUUUGUUCUUCAUCUGAGUCUAAACCAGCAGAACAUUCCGAAACAAUUUCAUCCGUUCAAGAACAUUCUAACACAUUGCAAACGGGCUUCGUACACGAAUCACUUCAGACUGGCUGCUUAGAAUCAUCAAUCUUAUCUGAUAGUCCUGCAGCAAAUGGUCAUAAUUUGUCUCCAAAUGAAAUUCGGGGCUUCGUUAUUCCUCAGUUGAUUCGUUUCCUAACAUCAGAUCAACAUGUACAUCCAGCUGAACCCCAACCGAGUUCCCUUGGGGCUUUCUUCAAUGGUUUGGCCUCAUGCCCAGAUACACUGCUAAUUCAUUUACCCUUGCCUGCAAUCACUUAUCUAGCACAAGCUCACAACCAAUGGUAUACAGUUGUUCUAUUUCUUGAAUCAAUGUGUUUCCAAGCAUCUAAAUUUAAUGGCCAAUGUAUUUUGAAUGAUUUGAUCUACUCAAUCGAUCCGCCUUCCAAUGAGCAGUCUGACUUUAUUCUUUCUAAUUUAAAACCCCAUGAAUUCCCAUUUGGAGCUGCAACUCUAUCACUCAUUUCAUUAUAUAAUGAAAUGAAUGAUAUUGACUUUUUGACUUUCGCUUGGUGGUAUCGAAUAUCUUCUCACCAGAGACAUCAAAAGACAUUCGUUGAAAGUAUGAACGAUUCUGUACGGUCAUCGUCAGUACUUACAUGUUUAGAAUUUGCUCAGCAUGGUUACCUCUUACGAUCUUUGGAUUAUGCUAUGGAUAAUCUUUCAGGAGAACUUGUUAAUCGUGCACGUCUUCGUGAUUACUGUGUCCUACAAUUAAAACAACUUGGUCAAUGGGAAAGUUUAGAUUCUUUAGCAUCUUCUAUUCAAUCGGCCAAUCAUAUGACUAGUUCAUUCGGUUCUACUUCAACUUCUGGCGGAAAUCCGAACACUGCAGCUGUUGUUAGUUCAAGCAAUUCUGGUGGUUCUAGUUAUUGGGGUUUAAAAGCAGAUGCAGCAUGGCGACGAAGUGAUUGGUCUGAAGUAUACUAUGAUUUGGCUAGAUUGGCUAAUGAAUGUCCUCGUAGUGAACUACCAAGAUAUGCUCUUAUUCAAGCUGCAGCUUGUGUAGCAGGACGUCGAGCACCUGGACUGGGAGCAAUCAAUAAUCCAAGUGUAGAUAUUAUUGAUUCUUAUAAUUCUAGUUUAAAUUCAAAUGAUAUAUCCACUGGAUCAACAACUACUGGUCCUAGUUCAUCUGUUCCAAAUAAUACUAAUCCAACUAAUGUCACUUCAACUCCUCCGUCUAAUGCUCUACAUUCUAAUACUGGGUCUGUAUCACCUAUGAACAAUAUUGUCAAUAUGAUUCACGCUUCAGAACAAGAAAGUCAUCGUGUUGUAAUUGUUACACUUAUGGAAUGGAGGCGUUUACCUCUUAUUGUUACUGCUCAGCAUAUACCUUUACUUCAGAUUGCUCAUCGUGCAGUUGAAAUAACCGAAGGUAACAGUUUAUUAGCUCAAUAUUGUGGCCAUGUCCUGGGUGGUUCUACUCUUGCUUCUGGUGUGUCUAAUUCUUCUUAUUCUAGUCCUAGUCAAACCAGUUCUGGAUCAUCCACACCAGUACCACAAACAAAUUCAAUUUCCACACCAUCUGCAUCAUCAGUCAAUAUGCGUUUACCUUUUAAUCAAGCACUUCAUGAUUAUAAAACUGUAUUCAAGGCAUGGCAAAGUCGACCAUGUUCAAUUGGAGAUGAUUUAGGAUUUUGGCAUGAUCUUUAUUCAUGGAGACAAGUAGUUGAAGAAUGUAUCAUAAGCUGUCACCCAUUUUCCCAAAAGUUGAAAUCCGAAAAUAGUAAUUUAAUCGCACUAUGUCAGCGUGAAUUAGCACUGAGCCAAUUACAACUUGCUCGUGGUGCACGCAAAUGUCGUUUCCCAAGUAUUGCUCAACAACAUUUAGACAGAUAUACACGUAUGAAUCUGCCACCAUUAUUUGAGAAAACUAAACAAGAAAUCAAGUUAAAAUUGACCGAUCUACGUAAAGAUGAACUUUUAGAGGGAUUGGAACUUAUGGAGAAGACUAAUAUUCAACAGUUUGAGAAGAAAGACCGAGCUAAAUUCUUCUGUUAUAAGGCUGUUUUCUUCUCUCAUUUUAAUAAAGGCGAUGAAGCGACAAAAAAUUUCGGUUAUGCAACUCAAAUGCAAGACAAUCUACAUAAAGUUUGGUCAAUUUAUGGUGACUUUUUGGAAAAUGUUUAUUCUAGCUAUCCAUCUGUAAAACGUGAAGUUGCUGUAUCAACAACCGGUAUUUUUGCUAUGCUAGCGCUUAUGGAAGCUGCUAGCGUUUCUGGUGAUAUUGAACGAAAAAGCCGGGGUGAUAUUGCCAAGUGUUUAUGGUUAUUAACACUUGAUGAUGUUAACGGUCAACAACGCUUGGGACAUACUUUUGAAGCUAGAGCUAGUCGAGUUCGACCAGAAGUUUUUUUACCAUGGCUUCCGGAUCUUGUAGCAUCUCUUUUACGUCCAGAAGGUCGUUUUAUCGUUUCCGCUUUACGUAGAGUAAUAAUUGCCUAUCCUACAGUUCUUUAUGGUCAUUUAAAAGGUUUACAACAUCAGUUAGCUACAGAGGUUAACAAUGAUCAAAAACUUGCUGAAAUUAUUCAUAAUCCUGAAAGUAAAGAUGAUCCUUAUAUUAUUGCUAUUCAAAAUCGUAUUACAUCAACACUAGGUUCAGGAAAAGAAGCAUUCAUAAAAUGCGGUAAUUUGUCUUGGUCAUUGAAUCGUGGAACUGGUACAUUUGAUAUUAAUAAUUCCGAUGGACAAACAGGUUACAGUUAUAGUAGUACACAUCAUCCAUUUUCAUUAUCUUCAACAUCUUGCAACACUCCUAAAGUUGGUUCUCAUAAUAACAAUAAUAAUAAUAAUAAUAAUUCCAACACCAUAUAUCCUAAUUCUUGUGGAGUUAAUUCGUCGAUUUCGUCGAAUUCUAAUACUUUGAGUAAUUCAAAGAAAAAGAAACGUGUAAUUGUUGUUAUGCGAGGUGUUGAAGGUGAACGAUUGAAUACAUCACCUAGUUGUUCACCACCACCACAUCCACUAACACCAACACUUAAACAACAGAAACCUGAUUUUAUUGGACAAUCAUCAUCUCGUUCAAUGAAUCAUCCUAAAAAGGUUGUGAUUCGUGGAUCAGAUCAUGACUCAACAAUACCUCCUAAUUCAGAUCACGAUCAAAUUGAUUAUUUAAGUGAAGAUGCUGAAAUGACAGAAUUAGAAGAAGAUACUGAGAUAACUGAUGCUGAUCGUGAUGAUGAGGAUGAGGAUUUCACUGGAAAUGAAGAUAUAGGAUUAUAUGAAACUGAUUCAAGCACUAAAAAUGUAAUCAAUGAUUUAGAGCCCAAAGUUGUCUUAUCCGAUAUUGAUGAUGAUGUUGUUGGUAGUGAUCCUGUGACUGGCGCCAUUUCAACUGAUUUAGUCGAACAAACAGUAGAUAUUGGCUAUGGAAAUUCAGUAACUGGUUGUUUGUCUAAUUCAGUUGUUCAUGGUCUUCACUAUGCAAAUAUUCUAAUUAAUCAACUUAAACGUAAGCAUCCAGCUCGUUUAUAUGUAGUGGAUUUAUUCACAAAUGAAGUCGGUGGUCGUUUAAGACCUUCAUGGUCUGAACAGUUUUUAUCUCAACUAUGCUCAGUUCUGGAUUAUCUUCAACGUCUUGCGUACGCUCAUUUACAUCCAGGUAGACAGUGGAAUUUUAAAAAUUUGCAAACUCAAACUAUUCCACUUUGGUUAGCUACUGAAUUAAAAAUAAUGGCCCAUGAUUGUGGUAUGCCAAGAAAUACAUUUCUCUCGUCACAUAUGACAGAACAUACAACUCCUCUUCACAGUUCAAUCAAAUUUGAUUCAACCUCUCAAUGUGUUAUGUCUACCGAUUCUCAAAAUGAUGAAAAAGAGAAGUCAAAGUCCCCACAAUCAAAAUUGACUACCCGAGCAUUCGCUUGUACCAACCUAAAACCAAUCUUGAUAUUGCUUCUGAACGAGAUGAUCCUAAAUUAUCCAGUGAGCCACAAAAACAAUCUGUUUUAUCGCCAAACAUUUCAGCUUUUCACGAAGUUGAUCGGAUAG